GAAAAAUGUGGCGCUCGCUGUCUUCGUUCGUCCUCAUCUGUCUCAGAUGCUUUCGCCGUCUGCCUUGGUAACAGUGUAUUGCUCCUCGUCUACCUCCGCGAGUAGUACCGAAAGGGCUACAUGCUAGUAGCUUACGGACACGGGAUUUUACAUUUCCACCUUGCGCAAAAUAACAGCUUCAAUCGUCCACCACCAUGAUGAACGCCAGCGCUUCCACCAGCACCAGUCAAACCAAGAACGCGACGCCAGCAAGGACAAGAAAACGCUGGAAACUUCUUAAGGCAGGUUUUAAGAAGCUACUGCCUUAUGCUUAUCGUGUGGCUUUAUUUAACUCGCCAAAGAGCAUUCGCACGCAUCUCGUUCACGACGAUAUGCGUGACGCAUCUUCUCAAGGGGCUAGUGGGUGCGUGAAGAACGUAGUAUAACUAUAAGUCGGAGCGCCUACAUUUACGCCUUUUCGUAGGCGCGGCCAACCGACAGGUAGAAGUAGAACGCACUGCGUCAGCCUCAGCAUCAAACUAAAGGGCCUCCCACUCUAAACCUUCUCGCCAAAUGCAGCAAAUCAAUGCGGGAACCAGUAGCGAUAGAGACUGAGAUAGGCGACAAUCGUGCUGAAGAAGACGGAAAUCAGAAGGGGG